GGAAUAUAGUCAGUCCUUGGGUAUGAUCAGGUAUCUAUCCACUAUGAAGUCCGUCUCUCUACUGGCGGCUGUCGCCGCUGUAGUACAAUCUCAAGAGGUGUACAUCACGACCACUGGCUAUGAAGCUCGACCACAGUGCACUGAAGCGCCAGCUACCCCGACUUACCGUUUCCAGUCGUUUUCGUAUGCAUCGCUCAAUGGAACUGUUCGAUGUGCCAUUUCAGUUCCGUCUCCCACGACCACCAAGACCUAUGGACCGCGAUACUCAGAGGCAGUAGCAAAAUUGUCCACGACCCUCUCAACUACGACGUGGGGCAGCUGGGUACCGAAUCAGACCUUCAUCUCUGCAACUGACACUGCCGAUAAAUACGGCCAAGCCGCGUGGUCAUCGCAAUGGCUACAUGCAAGUCUGGCGAAUUAUACCAACAUUGGUCUGUAUACUACUACUGUUAGUCCUACACCGCUACCUACAAGUGAACUUGUCCUCCCUCCACGGGACUAUUUCGGCCCAACAGACUGUUAUACCUUUCCGGAAGGGUUCACGUUUGGUGUUGCAGGAUCUGCUGCUCAGAUCGAAGGUGCCAUUGCUCUCGAAGGUCGUGCGCCAAGUAUCCUUGAGAAGAUGUUGCCAGACACCUCGCCACAAGACUACGUGACUAACGAGAACUACUAUCUGUACAAACAAGACAUUCAGCGUUUGGCGUCCAUUGGCGUCAAGUACUACAGUUUCUCGAUUUCAUGGGGUCGUAUCCUCCCAUUUACAGUGCCCGGAAGUCCGAUUAACGAGCAAGGUAUCAAGCAUUACAACGAUUUGAUUGACUACAUCCUGGAGGUCGGCAUGGUGCCUAUUGUGACGAUGCUCCAUUUCGAUACUCCGCUGUACUUUGUGGAUCAGUCUGAUCUCCGCCACGCGAAGCCGGAUAUCGGAUACCAGAACGGCGGAUACUGGAAUGAAGAAUUUGUCGAUUCAUUUGUGAAUUACGGCAAGAUUCUGUUUACGCAUUUUGCGGAUCGUGUUCCGUUCUGGGUUACUAUCAACGAGCCGCUGCUGUACGCAUUCAAUUUUACCGGACUGGACAAUGUCGUCAAGGCCCAUGCACAAUUGUAUCAUUUCUAUCACGAUGAGUUGCAAGGAACCGGGAAAGUCGGGUUGAAAUUGAACGAUAAUUUUGGCAUACCCAAGAACCCCGAGAAUCAGACCGAAAUUGAUGCUGCGAAUCGGUUUAAUGAUAUGCAACUUGGUGUUUUCAUGUAUCCGAUCUGUCUUGGCCAACAGUACCCCAAAUCUAUCCUCCACACUCUACCAGGUGCCAAACCACUCAGUAAAAAGGAGCUGGAAUAUAUCGGUAACACAACCGAUUUCAUCGGCAUCGACGCCUACACAGCUACUGUCAUCUCCGUCCCCGGAGACGGAAUCGAAAAAUGCGCCAAACAAAACAUGACCACCAACCCGCUCUACCCAUACUGCGUCACCCAAGAAACCGUAAACGCUUACGGAUGGGAUAUCGGCUACCGCUCCCAAUCCUACGUCUACAUCACGCCCACCUACCUCCGCGCCUACCUCUCCUAUCUCUGGAACAUUUACGAAACUCCCCUAAUCCUAAGCGAAUUCGGAUUUCCCGUCUACGACGAAUCCACUCGGGAUUUAGUCGAUCAAUUAUAUGACUCCCCCCGCAGUCAGUAUUAUCUAUCCUUUAUGUCUGAAGUACUCAAAUCGAUAUGGGAGGAUGGAGUGAAUGUUAUAGGGGCGAUUGCGUGGAGUUUUAUGGAUAACUGGGAAUUUGGGGAUUAUUCGGCGCAGUUUGGGAUGCAAGUGGUGAAUCGAACGACGCAGGAGAGGUGGUUUAAGAAGAGCUUUUUUGAUCUUGUGGAUUUCAUGGGGGCGAGGAAUGGUUUGGGGUAUUAGUUGGUAGAUUCCGUCCACAUGGCAUAGCCAAAUUGAUAUUUAUUAUUUGCAAACUUAGCAUGCCAUAGAUUUACAGACUAGGCCAACUUCAGAUAAUACAGUAACGCGUGGGAUUUG